AUGAUCGGACAUGAACACCAAGCUCUUUCACCACUAGCUGUGGAAAUGCUGCUCUUCCUCAAGGUCAACGCUUCGUACUGGGAUGUUGAAGAUGUUGACAGUACCACGACGCAAUCCAUAUAA